AUGGUGCUAGUUCUGAUCUACAAAAAAGGGGAACCCAAUAACCCCGCGAACUACCAGCUGAUCAUUCCCAUCACAGCCAAAGGCCGGUUGGACGGCAAAAAGCUUGUCGCCUGCAACACAACAUCCGCCAUCACUAGUAUGCACACCCUCAAUGGUAUUGGCCUCAACCCAUCUGGGCUCUCUCAAAUGCUGGCCAGCAGACUCUAUGCCCAAUUUAUCCGCCCAAAACUUGAGUAUGGUCUUGCAGUUACCUCCUUCCCCAAAACACAGCUCAAAGCCCUUGAGCAAGCACAGAGUACAUGCAUACGAAUGGUUUAUGGCGCCCACUCACAUUCUGAAACAAAAGUAAUGCACCACCUAGCGAAAUUGCCAAGCAUGCACGAAAGAACUGCAAUUCUGCAAGCCAAGUUCCUACGACGUGCCCAUUUCCUACCCGAUGAUGCUCUACUCACAUGUCUUCUGCCCACCAUUACUACACAACCAGGCAGUCAUUGGAAAGCACUCACUAACUCGCCACUUUGA